CAGUUAGAAAGCAGGGAUGUGGUUUUGUGCUAUGGGCAGAGCUGUAGGCUGGAGCAACCCACAGCCAUCGCCUCCCAUGAGGACACACAGAGCUCAUCACACUCCUGGCUCUCCUCGCAGCCCUUGAAGUUAAGGAGGGAUUUGCAUUCCUGACGCCAUUCGUUCCCCGAGGGCUGGAUCACGACUUCCCAAUGCACAUCUUAGAACCAAAGCUUCCAGAAAGAAGGCGCUGGAAAGCUAAAGACCUGACGCGUUUAUCACCCACACAGCCUGCACGCAAAUUUAUUUUAGUCCCUUUCCAGGAGAAAAUCUGGGAGCUGCGUUUUGCCUCACCAAAAGGCGACUUAACGUCCCGACGGGCCCGGAUACCCGGCAGCCCGCGGCCUCUCCCCGCCCCUCCCGUCGGUAAGGGCGGCCCGCAGCGCUGCGCUCGGACCAGGCCGGGCAUCACCGCCCCUCCCCAAGAUGGCGGCGGGCGGGAAGGCGGCCAGCGGGGCCGGCGGCGGGAGGAGGCGGCAGACUUGUUCACACAAAGCAGCUGGCAAACGGCCCUCCAAGAGGCUAAAAUGCGAAAGAACGAGUCUGGUGAAGUCAGGACUGGCAGGUUGUGUGUGUGGGAUUGAGAACCCUGCUGCCCCUAACGCACCCGCUGAGGGCUCAACUCCAGAAGGUACAGGAGAUGACCAGGUAAUUCAACUGGAAAAAAGUGAAAGCAUCCCAGAGACUGGUGGAGAAAAACGGAAGGAACGUGAUGUUUCUUCAAAGCCAUGUGCAGCGAAAUCAAGGAGAGCUUCUUCAAAAACAGACAGCAGUGAGAAUCUGCCAGAUCGUGCCUGCAGGGAGGAGGGGAGCAGCUGUGAGAGCUUGCUUUUGGAAGGGACCGACUUGAAGGACGGAGACAUCCCUAAGAAACUAAGAGAACUGGAUAACAGUGCUUUCUUGGAUGAAGACAGUAACCAGCCGAUGCCAGUGGAUCGGUUCUUUGGAAACAUUGACUUUAUGCAGGAUCAGCUAGCAGCUGUACUCCCGAGCACAGCAAUGAGCAGGAGGGAAUACAGAAGGCUGCAUUUCAUCGCCAAGGAAGAUGAGGAGGAGGACGAGGAUGCUCUCUAGCAGCAAAGUGUAAAACAGAGGAAACUUUGUUUUCAGUUUUCUUUUGUCUUUCUACCAGCGUGCUGGUGGUUGGCUGUAUCACUAGCAUGAUGUCAGUGUUUGCAUUUUCUUAGAGAAUGGGUAGAGUCUGCUUCUACAGAGUUGUCAGAUACAGGAUUCCCCACACUUUUUUUAGGGCAGAGUUUGACUGAAUGCUCAGAGAACUGGACAUAAAUUGU